ACUGAGCACGCCUGUCAUAUUCUUCACCAGCCAUUGCGGUCGCCAACCUCUAAAGCUAGGCAAUCGUCUGCAUUUUCGCAGCAUCUCAAGCUACCGGCUGCUUUUUCGAAUUCCCCCGAUUCGUCUUACUCCUGCGCAUCACAACCGGCAACGGCGUAGCCCCCCCUCGAACAGGACACCACCCCUAACGACGAAGCAUGACCGGCCAUGGUCGACAGCCCUUCACAAUGGACUCGCACAUGCAGACCAGCUCAAUAGCUUCAGCUAACAUGCGUUACGAGACCCCUCGCAUGCAGUACCGAAACCGUCCCGUAACGGUUGCCGUCGAUCCCAUCUCCCUCGUCAUCUCCGAGUGCAUCUCCAUCACGUCGGCUAUCCAGAAGCACGCCCGCUCCCCAAACACAUCCGUGUCGGCCAUCCUUGGCGGAAACCCCAACUCUAUCGACCUUGGCGCCUCCAAUUCGCUGUCGAAAACAAGAAUAAAGGGCCAGUCGGCAAGAAACAGCAGCGAUGGCUCUGAUCCCACCUCCAACAACCGCUGGGGUCUGCGGGGUCAAAAGGGCAAAAGCAUGCAGGAUAACCCCAUGAUCUCUGGGUUCUCGCAGCUUCGUCAUGAUCUUUCUGGUGUUAAAGGUGAGUGAACACAAAACUAAGGGAAGUACUGGGCCUAACAUUGUCAAAGAUAUCCGCAAAUUCGACGCGCCGUCCCUUCUCGAUCCCUUCCUCUUCGUCAUCCAAGCCAAGGGCACCGCUGCUCCGAUAACAAUUCUAGCUCUGGGCGCCUUGCGCAAGUUCUUGGCCUAUGGUUUCGUUUGCGAUGAAUCUCCUAGAUUCCCUCUGGCCAUGCAAUCUCUUGCAAGUGCCGUCACGCACUGCCAGUUUGAUGUCAGCGACGCUGCGCAGGGAGAGGUUGUCUUGUUGAUGAUUCUCAACCUCAUGGAGGACAUGAUGUCUGGUCCAGGAGGAGACAUUUUGAGCGAUGAAAGCGUCUGCGAUAUGAUGGGCCGCGGCUUGGCCAUUUGCUCACAACCCCGCUUCUCACCUGUCCUUCGCCGAACAGCUGAGGCUGCCAUGGUCCGAAUGUGCCAAAUUAUCUUUGAAGAUGUCAAGCAUCUGGAAGAAGAGGCUACUAGCGACGGGGCAAACCUAGACCGUGCAAAUGAAGACGCCACACAGGUGCACAUGGAGGCGAUCAGCCCCGAAGCUGCAAAGGGCAAGGACUCUACUGAUGAAGAAACCCCUGAUGGGAAAGAGGAGAAAGAGUCUGCGGAUGAUGAGAAGUCCGACUCCAAGACUGAAGAGGACGAAAAAUCCGCAAGUGAUGAUUCUGAUGAGACAGAUUCGGUCGAUCUUCGACCCUACUCGCUACCCUCUGUCAGAGAGCUUUUCCGCGUUCUGGUCAACUUUCUGGACCCGAACGACCGCCACCACACCGAUACUAUGCGAGUUAUGGCUCUUCGUAUCAUCCACGUUGCGUUUGAGGUUGCUGGUCCCUUCAUCGCCAGACACCCUGCUCUAGCAUCCAUUGCUGAGGAUAAGCUGUGCUCAUAUUUGUUCCAGCUGGUUCGAUCAGACAACAUGGCCGUUUUACAGGAGGCCCUAAUUGUUGCUGGUACCAUGUUGGCCACAUGCAGAGGCGUUCUGAAGCUUCAGCAAGAGCUCUUCCUGUCUUAUCUUGUUGGCUGCCUGCACCCAUCUGUCCCCAUUCCCCGAGAGGCUGGUAUUGAUCCUUCACUCUACUUGGGCAUCCCCGAGACACCCAAGCUAGUGAAGCCACCUCCUUCGCAAGCGAACAGCGGUGGUAACACGCCUGUGCCUAUCAAAGAAAGACAGAAGCUAGGCAUGGAGGGUGGCGCACGUAAACCGGAGGCUCGUCAGGCCAUGGUGGAAAGCAUUGGUGUCUUGUCUCGUAUGCCCACUUUCGUGGCUGAGCUCUUCAUCAACUACGAUUGUGACCCUGAUAGAGCUGAUUUGUGUGAAGACAUGAUUGGACUCUUGUCCCGAAACGCACUCCCCGAUUCUGCCACAUGGAGCACCACAAGUGUCCCUCCUCUGUGUUUGGAUGCGCUGCUGCGCUACAUCCAAUUCCUUGCUGAGAGAUUGGUUGAAGAGCCUGUCACAGAGAACUAUCCCGAUGCUGCAGAACUGCGCGAGAAGCGCAGCCGCAAAAAGGUCAUCAUUAAGGGAACUGCCAAGUUUAACGAAAAGCCUAAGACCGGCCUCGGCUAUCUGGAGGCCAAUGGCAUUCUAAAGAACGCCAGCGAUCCUGAGGAGGUUGCCAAGUUCCUGAUGGGUACAACACGUAUUUCCAAGGCCGUACUGGGCGACUUCAUAUCGAAGUCCGGUAAUGACGCGAUUCUCAAAGCCUUCAUGAACGGCUUUGAUUUCUCAGGCAAGAGAGUUGAUGAUGCACUAAGACUUCUUCUUGAGACAUUCCGCCUUCCCGGUGAAGCACCGUUGAUUGCUUCGAUCGUCGAAUGUUUCGCGGAACGAUACUGCAGCGGCGACAAGCCUGAUGAAGUUGCCAACCAAGACUCUGUCUUCAUUCUUAGCUACGCCAUCAUCAUCCUCAACACCGAUCAACAUAAUAAAAACGUCAAGGGCAUGAAGCGCAUGACAUUUGAAGACUUUUCUCGAAACCUAAGAGGGCAAAACGAUGGAAAGGACUUUUCUGUGGAUUUCCUCAAGGAGAUCUUCGAGUCCAUCAAAUCCAACGAAAUCAUCUUACCCGACGAGCACGACAACCAGCACGGCUUCGACUAUGCCUGGAGAGAAAUGCUUACCAAGACAGACUCUGCAGGACCUCUGGUCCUCUGCAACACAAACAUCUAUGAUGCCGACAUGUUCGCCGUCACCUGGAGACCCAUUGUGUCUACCCUCUCAUACGUAUUCAUGUCCGCUUCCGAUGAUGCCGUCUUCGCCAGAAUCGUCACCGGCUUUGAUGAGUGUGCUAGAAUCGCUACAAAGUACAACAACUCCGAGGCUCUCGACCAAAUCGUCUACUGCCUCAGCUACAUCACAACCUUGGCUGGCGACGCUACAUUCAACACGGCCCUCAACACUGAGGUCCAGGCCGGCGAUGGCAGCGUCAUGGUCAGUGAGCUGGCCGUAAAGCUUGGCCGAGACUUCCGCGCUCAGCUAGCCACCCUCGUCCUCUUCCGCGUUGUCACUGGUAGCGAGCAUUUGAUCAAGAAGAGCUGGAAACACGUCAGCCGUAUCUGGAUCAACCUGUUUGCAAACUCUCUCGCCACUCAGUUUGCGGGACCGGGUAUCCCUGUGCUCGAGCUGCCCCCCAUCCCUCUGCAGUCGCCCUCGCAGGUGAUUGAUAGAGAUGCCCGCGCCGCAGAGACAGGUUUCUUCUCCGCCUUUACCUCUUACAUCUCUAGCUACGCUGCCGAUGACCCUCCCGAGCCCUCAGAUGAAGAGCUCGAGAGCACUCUGUGCACCAUUGACUGCAUCAACUCUUGCCAUCUCGAUGCCGUCUUUGCCAACGUUGCCAAACUUCCCACACCCGUCGCUGCUCUUCUAGUUGAAGCUCUGCUUGAUCAGCUGCCUGAGGAUGACAACACCACCAUCAUCAGCGUUAAGCAAGAAGGUGUUCCCACCGCCAGCUCCAACACCACCCAAGCGACCAAGUACGACCCAUCAGUCGCCUAUAUCCUGGAGUUCUGCACAAUAAUGGCAACGAGAGAUUCGGAGUCGAUCGAAGCCAUGGCCAAGCCUGUCUUCGACCGCCUUCACGGCUUGCUCAAGGAUGCUACCAAGUGGCACGCCAUCACCGUCGCUCGCACCACAUACUACGCCAUGAACAUUCUCAAGGCUGGUUACGACUACGACGUCGUUGAUGAAGUCUACCUGCUGCACACAAUCUCCAGUUUACCCCAGGAUAUCCUAGCCAAGACAUCGAGCACAAUCCUCUCUGGCUUGGCCGUAUGCACUGGUGAGCCUGGCCCGCUGCGUAGCAAGCUCAUGAUGUCCCCCGACUUCUGGGCUACUCUGCGCUUGCUAGCCACCAACCCCGACUCCGCCGCCUCAGUCUUCGAAAUCCUCGAAAAGGGUGCUGCCGGAACACCAUCCGCCAUCACGGCAGACAACUUCGUUUCCACAGUCGGCCUGCUCGACCAGUUCGCUACAGCAGCCAACCCCAAGCCCGCCGCUCCUGUCAGCGAAGAGGAUCGCCGCCGAUCCGAGCAGCCACGCAAGGACGUCAAGGCCGACCGCGCCACUAUUGACAGAGCAUGCAAGGCGAUCAAUACACUGCACAAGCUCACCAGCCUUGUUCCCCAGUUGAUGCAGCAGACACGCUUAGAAACAAACGAGGCAUGGGCUGCCUACUGGCUGCCCAUCUUCCAGUCGCUGACCGCCCAGUGCACCAACAAGUGCAGAGAAGUCCGCCAGCUCGCCUUCUCCGCGCUCCAGCGAUCACUGCUGUCGUCUGACCUUGUUAGCAACGAUCCCCAGGAAUGGAUCGCCAUCUUCAGCAAGGUUCUCUUCCCGCUUAUCUUGCGCUUGCUGAAGCCUGAAGUCUAUUCCUCCGACCGCGAAGGCAUGAGUGAGAUGCGCAUACAGUCGGCGUCGUUGCUCUGCAAGGUAUACUUGCAGUACCUUGUCUUGCUCUCUGAGUGGGAUGGUAUGCUGGACCUGUGGAUCAAGAUUAUUGAAAUCAUGGACCGCCUGAUGAACAGCGGCCAAGGCGAUAGCCUGGAAGAGGCUGUCCGCGAAAACCUUAAGAAUGUCAUUCUCUUCAUGUCGAGUAGCAACAUUCUGGUUCCACCAUCAGAGGACGCGUCAAAGGAGAAGUUCUGGGACGAGACUUGGGGCCGUGUCGACCGCUUCUUGCCGGACUUGCGAUCGGACAUCAUGCCCCCUGCAGAGGACUCACCAGUUGAAGAGGAAACGCCCAAGGACACAGCUGCAGAAGGCCAGUCUGGUAAGGAUGAAGAGACAGAAGCAAAGGAAUCGAGUAAAGUGGUGGAAAAGGCCGACAACGUGGCUGAAGAAGAGUAAACAUGCAUCAAAAAGAAUCUUAGACUUGGCUAUGGGUAGAUGUUGGUUGGUCUUAUUUGGUUUUAUAGACACUGUGGUCCUGCUACCGUAGUUAUGCAGUACUGAAAACAAUUGUAUAAUUUAUGUUCUAUCCGUCUGAUAAUACAGUAUUUUCAUCAUUGAAACUCAAUAUUCAUUUAGAAUCUAAACGAGUGGCUUGUCCUCUGGACGUCUUUCAAUAUUAGGUUCAAUACUGAGGCAUUCCAUCAAACGCCGGCUCAAAGGCAUAUAUCCGUACAAUCACGUCUUUUUAUGAGCUCAUUUCCGGGUGUCGACGAACGGUAUGCUUCAAACAUGAUCGAACCAUACGUCUAGCCUCAUAUACCCAUCGUCUCACUCGACUUGAACGUCGCCCGGUGCGUAUAGAGACACUUCUAGCCGUCGUCAUCAUUUCUUCGCCGGCGGCAACAUCUCGCGAUUGGGGCAGGAAGCCUCCCCCUCUUAGAGCUUCGUCGUCCUCCUAAGUCGGCUGCACAAGCUUCGCUGCUGCAGGUGCUGCCAUUCCCGUAAAUCGGAGUUUGAAGGAAGACAGCUUCUGGCGAAGUCGGUGCUUUGCCGCCAAAUCAAAGUCGGAUUUCAUGCUCUUUAAUUCUCCACUGGAGCCAAUUCUUCUGGAAGUUGUGUCUUGCUUUUUAGGUGAGGGGGGGUAAGAUAGAUUAAACUGGUCCAACGACUGCAAAGACUCUCGUCUUGCAUUCUCGUCCUCGAUCACGUCCAAGCUGGUCUUCCUGUAGAGCGCCGGCUUACAAGUAGAUGUGUUGCCAUUGGACUGAUCCAUCCAUUUCGCGUCAGGUGCCAAAUCCGCCAAAGAGUUGCAGUUUUUCAGCCGACUGCUCUUUGAGUUGCCAUUAUAGCGCUUGUUUUUUCCUUGGCCAAGCUGGGUGCGAGAUAUCUUCAAUCUCAACUUUUGCCUUGGUUGCUGGGCAUCUGCGUGUUCGCCGACUUGCUCCCGGGGACUACCAGGGUCCAAUGACGAUACUGAGCCGUUAAUGCGAAGUUUCAGUUUCAAAUGAGCUCCA